GCAGUUUUACUGAAUUUACUAAAGCAAUACACUUACAGUCUACUUAAUACAUUUAUGUUUAAGAUGGAAACAUAAUUUUAUUGUUUAAAUUCUAAAUGAAAUUCAACACAAUCAUCAAAACAUGAUAUAAUCACUUUGCAAGAAAAUGUUCAAAUUGUUUCAGAUUUCAAACAAAUGGUGUUCACAUAAAAUGAUUUUUUUCUGCUGUUUGAUUUACUUAAUUAAAAUAGGACCGUGUCACACAAUUACUUUGUAUUUUCUUCUCAACUUAAUUCCAUUGUGUAUGCUAUAAUUAAUCUAAUUCCGUUUUGUGAAAUACGUCGUUUGCGCGGGAGCAACGUGCGCGUGCGCAUGCGCUUUGAAAUCCAGCCCACACCAGGACCGUUGGUUUGGAAAGACACGAGGGGACUGACUGACUUGUUUAAGCUCGUUAAAAGUGACAUUUGCUGUAUAUGUGGAAUUGCAAAGCCUGUUCAGUUGUUGUACCAAGUAGGUUAAAACUUCUGCAGCAUUAUAGGUUAAAACACAGGCAUUUCGGACAUAAUAGUCGUUUUCCAUGUGUUUAUUCUAACUGCCCCUGCACAUUUAGAACUUGGAAUGCACUUAGAAUUCAUUUAAAUAGAUUUCAUGUGUCUGACACUAGGCAGAAACAGUUUCAAAAUAUAAUAUUUAGUUGCCAUAUAUGUAAUUGUGGAGGACUUAACUUGGAGAAAGAUUACUGGGCUCAUAUUAAUGCACAUCUUAAGAAAAAUGAAUUGAUAACUUGUAUGUUUUCAGGUUGUAACUUUAAAACAAAUAUCUGUGGUACCUUUAAAUCUCAUAAGAACAGAAAGCAUCAUUCUUUUUUACUAAAUGAUUUUAAACCUGGGAUAGUAACAACUACAACAGUAGCUUCACAAGAGUCAGAUUUAGCAGAUGAUGUUGAGGUAGAGGCAUAUUAUGAAAUUGAAUCUGAUGUCCAUUCUUCAAAUAACCUUCCAAAUGAAAUCAAACACAAUUUUGCAGCAGCAUUGUUAAAGCUUGAACAUCUGUCCCAUGUACCCAGUGCAGCCAUUGAUGAAUUUUUACAAGAGCUUUACAUCCUAAAUAGCACUUUGUCAAUUCCCCUUACUACAGAUGUUUUAGUAGAUGCUUUUCAGAAGCACAAUCUUGAAGUUGACAAAUCUAUCCUGAAAGAAAUAGCAACUACACUGUCCACAGAUAACCCUAUACACAAAGCUAUACAAAAAGGUGGCUGUCUUGGUUCUGCUUAUCAACGUAGGCAGUAUUAUAAGACUAACUUCAAUGUAGUUGAUCCUGUUGAAUAUAUUCUGGAUGCUAAAAACAAAAAGACUUUUCAGUACAUUCCAAUUCUUGAUUCCCUUCAAGUGCUUUUAAAUCGGAAAGAUAUUUUAGAAAAGAUAUCUCCGAAUCAGAAAACACAAGAAACUGAGGAAGACAGUGUGUAUCAGUCUUUCAGAGAUGGUCUUCAUUUUAAACAAAAUAGUUUUUUGUCAGGUCAAGAGCUAAGACUUUUUGUGGGUUUAUAUGUUGAUGAUUUUGAGCUCUGCAACCCCCUGGGGACAUCCCGCAAAAAACACAAGCUUUGUGCAGUCUAUUGGGUGCUAAGGAACCUACCUCCUGGGUCCAAUUCAUCAUUGUCCUCUAUAUAUUUGGCCCUACUAUGUAGAACUGAUGAUGUCAAAACAUAUGGCUAUAACAGAGUGCUUGAACCACUCCUAAAAGACCUCAAAUACUUGGAAGAACAUGGAAUUUUCAUACCACUGUUAGGAGAAACACUGAAGGGAACUGUUGUUACUGUUUCUGCAGACAAUUUAGGAGCUCAUGGUUUAGCUGGCUUUAAUGAAAGUUUUUCAGGGCAUUAUAUUUGUCGAUUUUGUACUGCAAGCAAACAAGACAUUCAGUCAAUAGAGGUAAGAACAGGUGCUCUCAGCCUCAGAACAAAAGAGCUCCACAGUGCUCAUGUGAGGCUGGCUGAGGAUAGUGAUACUAACUAUUUUGGAGUGAAAAAAGCUUGUCCUCUAACUGAAGCUCUUUCUCAUUUUCAUGUCCUCACUGGCUACCCACCAGACAUUGCCCAUGAUAUAUUUGAGGGUAUUGUACCUGUUGAGCUUGCACAUUGUCUCACAUUGAUAAUAUCAAAAAAGUACAUUACCUUGGAUAAAAUCAACAAAUCAAUUUUGGAUUUUCCAUACAAAUAUAACGAUAAGACUAAUAAGCCUCAUGUUUUGCCUCAACCUUUAUCAAGCAGGAAAACAAUAGGAGGCAAUGCUCAUGAGAACUGGAGCUUGUUACGCUUGCUUCCAUUUUUAAUUGGUCCUCAGAUUCCUGAAAAUGAGCCUGCAUGGCAGAUUCUCUUAGACUUGAAAGAGAUUGUAGAACUUGUUGUUGCCCCAGUUCACAAUGAUGAGUCCAUUGCUUACUUAGAAAGUAAAAUAUCUGAGCACAGACAAAGAUACCAGGACUUAUUUCCUGAACAGAGAUUGCUGCCCAAACACCACUACUUGGAGCACUACCCUCAAAUAAUCAGGUUGUUUGGUCCUCUUGUGGGGUAUUGGACAAUCAGGUUUGAAGCAAAGCACAGCUUCUUUAAACAGGCCAUUAGACAUACCAGUUGCUUCAAAAAUGUCCCAUUCUCCCUGGCCACAAAACAUCAGCUAAUGAUUGGGUACCAGCUAACUUCACCAAGUCUUGAGAAGUCAGAGCUGGAAAUGUCAAGUGGAUCUGCAGUCCCAGUGGAUAUUUUGAAGGAAGAGAUAGCUAUAGUUGUGAGGCAGAGAUAUCCUAAUCUCUCUGAAAUUCAUAUCACAAAAAAUGUUUGGAGCAAAGGUAUCAACUACAGGACAGGAAUGAUCGUUGUUCAUGGAUCUGAAGGUGGAUUACCUGAAUUUGGUCAAAUUGAGCAAAUUUGUGUUUUGCAUCAAAAGUUGUUCUUUAUUGUGAAACAACUCUGUGGAUGGUAUAGAGAGCACUAUAGAGCUUACGAGCUAAGUCAGUCCCCAACAAAGGCAGUUAGCCUUGUAGAAGUCAGUGAAUUAACUGAUGAAUACCCCUUGGCUGACUAUUUGAUUGGACAUGUGCAGAUGGUAACGUUAAAGAGAUUUGUCUGCUGCAAAGACUGAGGCACUGGACAAUGACAUCGGCUGUUCUUCGAAUCAUUUUGGGGGAGAGCAGCUGCCAGAGAGUGGUUUUUCCAUCUGGCUUGCCUGAGUCUGUGACUGAACUAGAAGAUGCUGUGAGGAGUCAAUGUAAGCUACAGGACCCCUUUCGUCUGCAGUUUAUGGACACUCUUUUUGAUAACCAGUUUAUGAAUUUGACUUCAAUGAAUGAAAUUAAGGACAAAGCCACAAUAAAAAUAAUAAACAUUACUGACUCCCUCUCACCACUGAAUGCUACUUCAGCUGGCACAAUGAACAGUUCAACCUUUGCCCCAGGACAUUCCGAAGUCUCUGCAUCCAUUUCUUCUUUCUCCUCUACCAGACGAUCUUCUUGGCCUGAAACAUUCUGCAUUCCACCAUUUUCAUAUGAUGCAGAAUUUAAGCUUGAACAGGCAAACAGUGUCUUCAGAGAAAAUGGAACACUGCUUAUUCCUGAUAUCAAGCUGAAGUCAGAUAUACUUGAGGGGUUGGUCCAAAAAAUUGUUCAAUACAAGGUCUAUGUCACGGACAGAGAGUUUGAACAAGUGGGAGAGGCACUCAUCAAGAAACAUCCAUGUUUAACAGAAAGGGGCUCAGACACUGGGUAUGGGGGUUGGAAAGUGAGCCUCAAGUACAAAUUAUCUAACUAUCGCACACAUCUCCGAAAACUUGGAUGUCCUGAAGUUACUGUAAAUUCUUUAAAGCAUAAGCCAGAUGGGAAAAAAAGCCCUGCCUACAAUGUAAAGAAGCCCAAGAGAGGUGAAGUGCACUACUGCCCCUCCUAUUCCCCUGGAGAGAACGACCAUACUCUGGAGAUUGCAAGAGUUGAGCUUCUUUCAGAUGUGAAAAAAAACAACAACCGAGAGACUAUUAAAACUAAAAUGCAGAGAACAUUUGCACUCAGGAGACAAGAAGUGCUUCGUUGUGCCCCUAUGAUCGGGGACUUCAUGAUGAGAUGGCCAGCUCUCUUUGAUGUCACUGAGGUGAAUGCAGAGUUCAAGCGAAUCACAACAGUUCCUCUACAGUCAAAAUUUCUGUCACAGCUUGACCUUCACUAUGAAGGCUUUCUGAAGGUUUUUGAAAGGCGACCAGGGCAACAAGGCAGAAAGCUGAAAGAGAUGAUGUCAACUGUAGUUGAAGAUGACAUUGAUGCAGCUCGUGAACUUGCCAUCAGAGGACUGUGUAUUUACCUUAAUGAGGACCCUAAAGAUCUCAUUCAGGAGUAUGUGGACAUGGAAGAAGAUCUUCUACAGAGUGCGUUUGAGAAGACUACCAUGGGCAUCUUCGUGAUGAAGCACACUGCAGACAAUGAAGCCCAUAAUGUAGCAAUUGUGCUAGAGGGUGUGGCAGUGCUUCAGGACCUCGACAGCGUGGCUUUUGCAACUUCAAUGUUGUUUGGUCUAAUCUAUACUCUUAACCUGCAGUACCCCACAAAGUUGCGUUUUACAUUUGAAAUUUUGCAGAAACUCAUCAUGGAGUUGGAUGCAGGUGAACUCUCUAUCAAGGCCCAAAAUUUGAAAUCUAAACUCCACCAGUGAGAUGGACCAAUUUUUGAGUGACUACUGAGACUACAAAUGAGCAACCUCAGAAAAUUUCAGCAGCAUUCAGAGCUGCAGAGAGUAAAACGUGAUCUUAUUGUUUAGACUGUUCCGCUUUGCCUGCACUUGUUUCUUUUUAUGUUUUUUUUCUGAAUUUGACCUUUCUUUGGACUGGCCCAGAAGUUUGAAUGAUUAGAGAGCUGAAUCUGGGUAAACUAGCAUAAAUAAAAAAACACUGUUAAUAGUUUAGAUAAGGGUCAGAUACUGUAUUUUCACAUUAUUUUGUAAUGUCUUUAUAUAAUUAUCUUUGAAACGAAAGUGUUUUUCUUGAAAUAACAGUUCCAGGUACUGCUGUUCUUUGGUACAGUUUUAAGGUUUCUGGGAGAAAUGAAAUAAAUUAGUGUUACAAUGUCGUUUUUAAACAGUGUUACAUGCAGUGUAAUGUUACUUUUAUAAAGUUGUAUAUUUUGUAAAACUUAUGAAGGUUUACAUAUAUUGUUGAUAUUCAUGUUACAUGUUAUGCAUACAAAAAUGAAUUUUCUUUGUUUUUAUACUAGUGUAAUUAAAACUAAAAAAUGUAUUUUUAUUAAAUUUAAUCAGAGAAGUUAUUUAUGCUACGUUUUUGAAAGCAAAAUGUUAUUGAGACAUGCCAUUUAAAUUACACAUUGUUCAAAUUAUUAAAUAAAUGAUUUACAAAAGGUUUUUUGUGUUACAUGAAAUUAAACAUGCUACAACAAACCAUUGAAAUGUAUUAAAAUGUAAUUUUAGUGAAGUUAUCAAAAUUAUGUUAAGAUAACUUGAUUUAAUUGCACAGGAUUAACAUGAUAUAAGCAUAUAUCUGAAAUAAAAUAUUAAUGUUAAACUAACAUAACUGAAUUAUGUAAGUAUAACUUAAAAAGAUUAUGUACACAUUGCUUUUUGAAAUUGCAUAUGAUUAACACAACCGUAUUAUAAUGAAACCGCAUAAAUGCAUAGGAUACUCUGUACUCAAACUGAAUGUGUGGAACCAAUGUCCAUAAUUCAAUUGAGUAAAUCCAACAAAUCUUUUUUUUCA